ACGAGCUGCCUCAUUGGUCACUGAAGGAAGCACGAGAAAGGUCGUUUUAUUUUGUUUUCCGGAGCGACUGACAAACUUCACAUCAUUCCGUGGAUGUUUACCAUUUGGGUUGUCAGAAAUUAAAGGACUGAAACGCGAUUCCACAAGGGGGUGCCUCAAGAAUUCUGGCAAGCUGCCGUGCUCUUACAUAUUGGGUCUCUGAGCUGCUGCUAAGCAAGGUUAACCUGGGAUUCGUUCACCUCAACAUAAUGCACAUGAAUAGUCUACUGAACAGAUGGAAUGAGAUGUCCCGGAUGUGUGAGGUGGACGUGUCCCCUGAGCCAAGCAGUCCCACGCUGCUCAACGAGUCUGCAGACACAUACUGCCAGGCAGACCGCUGGCACCAUCUCUGUUCCAGUGUCCGCAAGCUCGAGUUCUGGGAGGACUUUAGCACCGAGCUCAUAGGAAGUGGCUUCUUCUCCAAGGUCUACAAGGUGAUUCACAGCACCACCAAGAAAGUGAUGGUGGUAAAGGUUUAUAAGAAUGAUGUGGACCAGGACAGUAUCAUGAGGGAGAUCAGCCUCUUACAGAAGCUCUCCCACCCAAACAUAGUGAGGUAUCUUGGGAUUUGUGUCAAAGAGGAUAAGAUAUACCCAAUUCUUGAGUAUGUGAGUGGAGGCUGUCUGGAGGAGCUGUUGGCCAGGGAUGAUAUCACACUGUGCUGGAAAGAGAAGGUCGAGGUAGCCUGUGACAUCAGCAGAGGAAUGAGCUACCUCCACUACAAGAACAUCUACCACCGGGACCUCAAUUCCAAGAACUGUCUAAUCAGAGUGACCACACGGGGCAGAGAGGCUGUAGUGACUGAUUUCGGCCUGGCCCGAGAGGUGGUGGAGUUGCCUGCGAACAAUCCGGAGAGGAAGAUGUCUUUAGUGGGCUCUGCUUUCUGGAUGGCCCCGGAGAUGCUGAGAGGAGAACCAUAUAACCACAAGGUGGAUGUGUUCUCUUUUGGAAUCAUGCUGUGUGAGAUUCUGGCAAGAAUCCCUGCAGACCCAGAGGUGCUGCCCAGGACACAGGACUAUGGCCUGGACGUGCAGGCAUUCAGUGAACUGGUGCAGGGCUGUCCACAGCGGGUGCUCCAGCUGUCUGCCAGCUGCUGCUUAAUGGAGCCCUAUUGCCGGCCGUCCUUCCACGAGCUGCUUGAUGACCUGGAGGACAUAUUAGAGAACCUGGAACUCCCGCAAUCCUCCCUGGCCACGGGCUGAGCGUUGGGCAGCAGAGCCCCUUGGCCUAGAGGGCAUUGUGGACCAGCAUGCCUGUGUGUGUGUGUGUGUGUGUGUGUGUGUGUGUGUGUGUGUGUGUGUGUGUGUGUGUGUGUGUGUGUGUGUGUUUGACUGAACCAGAAUGGGCACCUCAUGUCCUUGUCCUUAUGAUUGAGGACAUAAACAGCGGAGAAGCUAUAAGUGCUCUGAUCAUCACACCUGCAGUGAGCGAGCAGCUCUGGCCCUGGGCUCUUUCUUUUUUUUACUCUCUAUUUACCAUUGUGCAGCCAUUUUUACUGGGACCGCCUUCGUUUAGUAAUAGUGGAAUUUUGAGACCAAAGUAAGACAGGACCAACCCCUGAUUGCCUGUGGACCUCAGGCUAAGCAAGGUUUAUUCCAGUGUGAUUUAAAUAUGACUAGAAUUAAAACUUAGAGCAAAUCACCAUGUUACAUGCUUUUACAUGUAAAAUGCACCCUCAGUGUGUGAGUUUAAAGUUAAACACAGAAGAAAUGACCCGUGCUUGAGAAAUGUGCAUGGGAAUUAGUUAUUUUUCUACUUUUAUAUAGCAUAUUAGAUUCAAUGACCGCUGCUCUCCUUCCCUUUAAGCUUGUUUUUUCCAAAUAAUCUGCACUCUUAGGUCUUACUGUGAUGCACAUAAAACUGUUUUAUUUGCCAUGAGGAUGGCUGGGCUAUAUGUGAUGGGAGUUUAUGCACACAUGGAGAGCUAAACAUUUAAAUGCUUUUACUAUGUUCAGUAUGUUCCUUCAAAGAGAUGAUGCAGAGAACUGAGCAGCCCAGUGAACACCUGUACACUCUUAAGCCUGUCAUUGGGAUGAAUGUUCUCUCAGGUUUCAUAGGCUUCUCAAAUAUGUGAAUAUUUAUGUACAUUUUUAGAACUUGUAAAUAGGUUUGUAUUAGCCAGUCCUGGAAUGUCUUUGUUUACUCUAGCAUUUCUACACUAGAUUAUAUUUUGUUUACUAUAUCAAAUCAAAUUGUUUAUAUUCUUGAUUGUGUAAGUGGUGGUAAAAUAUCUUGAUUCAUAUAAUUUCAUAAAUUGUGAAAUAACAGCAUCUUUAAGUAUUUUCAAACAGAAUACACGUCUGUUCUCCAAUA